UUUAUUCGUAUCAACUUUGAUGUGACCGGCUAUAUCGUCGGAGCCAACAUCGAGACUUACUUGCUGGAGAAGUCUCGCUGCAUCCGACAGGCCAAGACCGAGAGGGCCUUCCACAUCUUCUACUACAUGAUCGCCGGAGCCAAGGACAAGGUCCGAGAGGAGCUGCUGCUGGAGUCCUUCGCGAACUACCGCUUCCUGAGCUUCGGGAGCGUGGGGAUCACGGGCCAGCAGGACGACGAGAUGUACGAGGAGACCAUGGAGGCCAUGAGCAUCAUGGGGCUGACGGAGGACGAGAGGAUGGGCAUCAUGAAGGUGUGCUCCGCCGUGAUGCAGCUGGGGAACAUCGAGUUCAAGAAGGAAAGGAACCAGGAGCAGGCCACCAUGCCCGACAACACAGCCGCCCAGAAGGUGUGCCACCUGCAGGGCAUCAACGUGACGGACUUCACCCGCGCCGUCCUCACCCCCCGCAUCAAGGUCGGCCGCGAGGUGGUGCAGAAGGCCCAGACCAAGGAGCAGGCGGACUUUGCCAUCGAGGCCCUGGCCAAGGCCAUGUUCGAGAGGCUGUUCCGCUGGAUCCUGAUGAAGGUGAACAAGGCCCUGGACAAGACCAAGCGGCAGGGGGCCUCCUUCCUGGGCAUCCUCGACAUCGCAGGCUUCGAGAUCUUUGAGGACAACUCCUUUGAGCAGCUGUGCAUCAACUACACCAACGAGCGGCUUCAGCAGCUGUUCAACCACACCAUGUUCGUGCUGGAGCAGGAGGAGUACCAGAGGGAGGGCAUCGACUGGAACUUCAUCGACUUCGGCCUGGACCUGCAGCCCUGCAUCGAGCUCAUCGAGAGACCCAACAACCCCCCCGGCAUCCUGGCCCUGCUGGACGAGGAGUGCUGGUUCCCCAAGGCCACGGACAUCUCCUUCGUGGAGAAGCUGAUGAACACACAGGGGAACCACGUCAAAUUCUCCAAGCCCAAGCAGCUCAAAGACAAGACAGAGUUCGCUGUGCUUCACUACGCUGGGAAGGUGUGCUACAAUGCCACGGCCUGGCUGACGAAGAACAUGGACCCCCUGAACGACAACGUCACCAACCUGCUCAACAGCUCCUCCAGCCCCUUCGUACAGGACCUCUGGAAAGAUGCUGACAGAGUGGUUGGCCUGGAGACCAUCGCCAAGAUGUCCGACUCCUCGAUGCCCAGCUCCUCCAAGACCAAGAAGGGGAUGUUCCGCACCGUGGGGCAGCUCUACAAGGAGUCCCUGACCAAGCUGAUGACCACGCUGCACAACACGCAGCCCAACUUCGUCCGCUGCAUCAUCCCCAACCACGAGAAGAGGGCGGGUAAGCUGGACGCUGUGCUGGUGCUGGACCAGCUCAGGUGCAACGGUGUGCUGGAGGGGAUCCGUAUCUGCAGACAGGGCUUCCCCAACAGGAUCCUCUUCCAGGAAUACCGCCAGCGUUAUGAGAUCCUGGCUGCGAACGCCAUCCCUAAAGGCUUCAUGGAUGGAAAGCAGGCCUGCUGCCUCAUGAUCAAACAUCUGGACCUGGACCCCAACCUGUACCGGAUCGGCCAGAGUAAGAUCUUCUUCAGGACGGGCGUGUUGGCCCAGCUGGAGGAGGAGAGGGACCUGAAGAUCACCGUGGUGAUCAUCGCCUUCCAGUCGCAGGCCAGAGGCUUCCUGGCCAGGAAGGCGUUCUCCAAGAGGCAGCAGCAGCUGACGGCCAUGAAGGUGAUCCAGAGGAACUGCGCCGCCUACCUGAAGCUCAGGAACUGGCAGUGGUGGAGGCUCUUCACCAAGGUCAAGCCUCUGCUCCAGGUGACCCGGCAGGAGGAGGAGAUGGGCAUGAAGGACGAGGAGCUGAAGAGCGCCAAGGAGGUCGCCGUGAAGUUUGAGUUUGAGCUGAAGGAGAUCAGCCUGAAGCACACGUCGGUCCUGGAGGAGAGGAACGCGCUCCAGGAGCAGCUCCAGGCGGAGACAGAGCUGUACGCCGAGGCCGAGGAGAUGAGGGUGCGUCUGGGCGCCAAGAAGCAGGAGCUGGAGGAGAUCCUCCACGAGAUGGAGGCGCGGCUGGAGGAGGAGGAGGACCGCGCCCAGGCCCUCAUGGUGGACAAGAAGAAGAUGCAGCAGCAGAUGCAGGACCUGGAGGAACACCUCGAGGAGGAAGAGGACGCGCGGCAGAAGCUCCAGCUGGAGAAGGUCACCUGCGAAGGGAAGAUCAAGAAGCUGGAGGACGACGUGUUGGUGAUGGAGGACCAGAACAACAAGCUGUGCAAGGAGAGGAAGCUGAUGGAGGAGAGGAUCGCAGACUUCAGCACCAACCUGGCUGAGGAGGAGGAGAAGUCCAAGAACCUCACCAAGCUGAAGAACAAACACGAGUCCAUGAUCUCUGAGCUGGAGGUCCGCCUGAAGAAGGAGGAGAAGGGUCGCCAGGAGCUGGACAAGGUGAAGCGGAAGCUGGAGGCGGAGUCCAACGACCUCCAGGAGCAGCUGGCCGACCUUCAGGCCCAGAUCGCCGAGCUCAAGGCCCAGCUGGCCAAGAAGGAGGAGGAGCUGCAGACGGCACUGGCCAGGCUAGAGGAUGAGACGGCGCAGAAGAACAACGCGCUGAAGAAGAUCCGGGAGCUGGAGGGCCACAUCUCAGACCUGCAGGAGGACCUGGACUCGGAGCGAGUCGCCCGCAACAAGGCGGAGAAGACCAAGAGGGACCUGGGCGAGGAGCUGGAGGCCCUGAAGUCUGAGCUGGAGGACACCCUGGACAGCACCGCAACGCAGCAGGAGCUCAGAGCCAAGCGGGAGCACGAGGUGACCACGCUGAAGAAGGCCAUGGAGGAGGAGAACCGCACCCACGAGGCCGUGGUCCACGAGAUGAGGCAGAAGCAGACGCAGGUGGUGGAGGAGCUGACGGAGCAGCUGGAGCAGUCCAAACGGGUGAAGUCCACCCUGGAGAAGGCCAAGCAGGCGCUGGAGAAGGAGACGUCGGACCUGACGAUAGAGGUCCGCACGCUGGCCACGGCCAAACAGGACGUGGAGCACAAGAGGAAGAAGGUGGAGGGUCAGCUGACCGACCUGCAGGUCCGCUUCACCGACAGCGAGAAGCAGAAGGGAGAGCUGGGCGAGCGCUGCAGCAAGAUCACGAUCGAGCUGGAGUCGGUGACCGUCCUCCUGAACGAAGCCGAGGGCAAGAACAUCAAACUCAGCAAAGACGUCUCGACUUUCUCCGCCCAGGUCCAGGACACUCAGGAGCUCCUAGCUGAGGAGACCCGGCAGAAGCUCCAAUUCUCCACCAAGCUGCGGCAGGCGGAGGACGACAAGAACAGCCUGCAGGACCAGCUGGACGAGGAGGUGGAGGCCAAGAGAAACGUGGAGAGACACGUCUCCACCCUCAACAUCCAGCUGUCGGACUCCAAGAAGAAGCUGGACGAGAUGACUGGGAACGUGGAGCUGCUGGAGGAAGGCAAGAAGCGUCUGCAGAGGGAUCUGGAGGCGGCCAACUCCGCGUUUGAGGAGAAGGCCUCCGCCUUCGACAAGCUGGAGAAGACCAGGAACCGUCUCGGACAGGAGCUAGAGGACAUCAUGAUGGAUCUGGACAACCAGCGGCAGAACGUGUCCAACCUGGAGAAGAAGCAGAAGAAGUUUGACCAGAUGCUGGCCGAGGAGAAGAGCAUCUCAAGCAAGUACGCUGAUGAGCGAGACCGCGCGGAGGCGGAAGCCCGGGAGAAGGAGACCAAGGCGCUGUCCCUGGCCAGAGCCCUGGACGAGGCCCAGGACUCCCGCGAGGAGCUGGAGAGGGCCAACAAGAGCCUGAAGGCCGAGAUGGAGGACCUGGUCAGCUCCAAGGACGACGUCGGCAAGAGUGUCCAUGAGCUGGAGAAGUCCAAGCGGGGCCUGGAGGCCCAGGUGGAGGAGAUGAAGACCCAGCUGGAGGAGCUGGAGGACGAGCUGCAGGCGGCCGAGGACGGCAAGCUGCGGCUGGAGGUCAACAUGCAGGCGCUCAAGGCCCAGUUCGAGAGGGACCUGCUGGGACGCGAUGAGAUGGGCGAGGAGAAGAAGAGGCAGCUGGUCAAGCAGGUGCGCGAACUGGAGACCGAGUUGGAGGACGAGCGCAAGCAGAGGACCCUCGCCGCCGCGGCCAAGAAGAAGCUGGAGGGCGACCUGAAGGACCUGGAGGGACAGAUCGAGACCUCCAACAAGGGCCGGGACGAGGCGGUCAAGCAGCUCAAGAAGAUCCAGCUCCAGAUGAAGGACUACCAGAGGGAGCUGGAGGACGCCCACGCAGCCCGAGAGGAGGUGCUGACCACCGCCAAGGAGAGCGAGAAGAAGGCCAAGGGCCUGGAGGCGGAGCUCAUGCAGCUGCAGGAGGAUCUGGCGGCGGCUGACCGGGCGAGGAAGCAGGCGGAGGCGGAGCGCGACGAGCUGUCCGACGAGCUCGCCAGCAACUCCUCCGGGAAGUCUGCCCUCUCCGAUGAGAAGCGCCGGCUGGAGGCUAAGAUCUCCCAGCUGGAGGAGGAGCUUGAGGAGGAGCAGAGCAACUUGGAGAUCGUCAACGACAGGCAGAGGAAGAGCACACAGCAGGUGGAGCAGCUGAACAACGAGCUGCAGACGGAGCGCAGCACCUCCCAGAAGAACGAGAGCGCGCGGCAGCAGGCGGAGCGGCAGAACAAGGAGCUGAAGGCCAAGCUGCAGGAGAUGGAGAACCAGGUCAAGUCCAAGUUCAAGAGCUCCAUCUCCGUGCUGGAGGCCAAGGUGGCGCAGCUGGAGGAGCAGGUGGAGCAGGAGAACAGGGAGAAGCAGGCGAGUGCCAAGGGCCUGCGGCAGAAGGACAAGAAGCUGAAGGACCUUCUGAUCCAGGUGGAGGACGAGAGGAAGCAGUCAGAGCAGUACAAGGACCAGGCGGACAAGUCCACGGCGCGCAUGAAGCAGCUGAAGCGGCAGCUGGAGGAGUCCGAGGAGGAGUCCCAGCGCGCCACGGCCGCCCGAAGGAAGCUGCAGCGGGAGCUGGACGAGGCCACCGAGGCCAGCGACGCCCUGGGCCGCGAGGUCAACUCGCUCAAGAGCAAACUCAGAGGCAACCCAGAACCCAAGGAGUAAAAAAAGCGUGGCACCGAGCCCUCCUUCGGCAGCGGCCCGCGGCGUAGCGUGGGCGGCGGUCGGAGAGGCGUGGUGGACGACGCCUCAGAAGAGGAG